CAUCCUUUCAUGUGUCUUUAGCUGCCAAUUAAAGUAUCCUUUCUCUAGUAUAGUUCAGGUGCAUAAAAAACUCCCCAUCGAAAAUUUACAACAUGCUCGUCUACAGACCCGAAGAUGCCUUUAAAAUGAAUCUCAUAAUUUUCAAAUUCUUCGGACUUUGGCCAUCAGUUGUCAAAAAUCGUACCCUAAGAGCAAGUACGUUGAUCUACGUGAGCUUGACGAUACUAACAGUUGGAAGCUGGAUUUUAUUUCCGUUAGUUGAUAACAAAGAGGAUAAAGUAUUAUUAUUUGCAGCAUGGUAUCCUUACAAUGCGACAGUUGAUCCAGCUUAUGGUUACACAUAUGCUUCACAAACAAUUUUACUUUUAACAACUGCAUCCAUGAAUUCUCAA